AUGUUAUUCUAUCAUAUAUAACAAUGUUUUAAUGUCAACUAUAAUUUCGUAUUAUUAAUCUAAAAUAUCAUUUAAUGAAAUUUUUAUUAAAAAAUUAUCAUGACUAAUAACGUAGAUCAUCUGAACAAAUAUUUUAAACAGACUUUGAAACCUACUGUAAGAACAAAUGUACUAGAAUGCCGUGUCUGUGAAGAAGUAUUUACUAUUGAUGGAAUAAAAGUACCAAGAUUGUUACAUUGUGGUCAUACAGUAUGUCAUUCUUGUCUUUUACGAUUGAGACCUUGUAUGACUGAUCAACAGUUUUUAUUAUGUCCUUUUGAUAGACAGCCAACAGGCAUUAGUCAGAAUAAUAUUUAUAAUUUGAAGAAAAAUUUUGCUUUGAUUGAAUUAUUAGAAAGAUUGGAACAGUCCAAUAGUGAAAAACUAUUGUUACUUGAAAGGGAAAGACUUCAAUCUAGUCAAUCUUGUGAUGAAGAUGAAGCUCAUACUGCAGUAUUAUAUUGUACAAUUUGUAUGACUCACUUAUGUGAAAAUUGUGAUAGUAUUAUUCAUUCUUCAAAAACAUUAAGCAAACAUAAGCGUGUACCUUUAUCGGAGAAACCAAAAGACAAACCUAAAUGUCCAGUACAUACAACACAUGUAGCAGAAUUUACUUGCACUCAGGAAGGCUGUCACAAUUCUCUUAUGUGUUAUUUAUGCAAAGAUUAUGGUAGACAUAGCACACAUAAGUUAGCUUUGGUAGAAGUUGAGGCAGAAAAUAUUAGAAAAUCUAUCAUCACUGCUUUACAGAAAAUGACUCAAUUUAUGGAGAGCAUGAGAGAUACAGCAAAUAGAAUUGAAACAGUGAUACAAGAGUUAGAAGGAUGGACCAUAGAAGAUGCAAGACAAAGAGUACGUCAACACUUUGAGGAAUUAAGAGCUCUUUUAGCUGAUCAAGAAAAUGCGGCUAUAUCCUGUGUUGAAACAGAAACACGUGAGAGAUUGUGUGCUCUGAGACAACAACAACAAGAUUUAACUACUACAAGAUCUCAAGUAGCUGAUGUGUGCAUUCAAUGUGAAAGCAUUUUAGAUUCUGAAGAUUGGAAACUAUUAAGUAGUGCAAUAAAAGUUAAAGAAGUGUUAACUACGUUGGAACAACAACAACAACAUUAUGCUCAACUUGAUCCUGAUUUUCUCACACCAGAAUCUUCUAUACCCAUAAUAUUCAGUCGGGACAAUAGAGUACAUAUUGGUACAAAAAUUGAUAUGCGUGUUGUAAUCUUGGGAUUGGAUGGUGCUGGAAAAACAAGCAUUCUAUCAGCCAUGAGAGGCAUCACGCUUUCAGGACCGCCAAUCCCUACAAUUGGCUUCAAUGUGGAAAAUUUAGAGUACAAAAAUCUAGUAUUUACUUUAUGGGAUGUUGGUGGACAGCAAAAAUUCAGGCCAUUAUGGAAACAUUACUAUCAUAAUACACAGGCUGUUAUUUUUGUUGUUGAUGCUAGUGAUAGAUCUAGAUUUAAAGAAGCGCAAAAUGAAUUAUCAAAAAUUGUAAAUGAACGUGAAUUGAAAGAUGCUUUAUUUCUCAUAUAUGCUAAUAAACAGGAUGUCAGUGGUUGCGCCAGUGUCGAAGAAUUAACUGAAAUUUUAUGUUUGCAAAAAUUAUGUUGUGGUAGAGCAUGGCACAUACAAGGUUCAUCUUUAAUCACAAAUGAUUGUGGUUCUACACAAGGUUUAGAUUGGUUAACUCAACAGUUAGGUGCACAUGAAACAUUGUAUACGAUACCAACGGUAUCGUAAAAUUUAUUUAUUGUUCUUUUUUGUAGAAAUGUAGAUACGAGAUAAUAAUGAAAGAAUAUAUAAAUUUUUGCAUUUCCAUAUUAAUAUAAUUUGUAUAUUAUACAUACUAUGAAAUUUUGUUAUUUAACAAUUGUGAUAAUAUUUGAGAUAUGCAUUAAACUAUUUGUUUGAAUUAUUAUUAUCAAGCUAUAUUAUAUAUAAUCAAAAGGCGAAAAUAAACAGCCUGAGCAUGUCUAGAAAAGACUUAUUUAUUUUAUUACAUUGGUUACUUGGUUUUGUAUUUAUUAAUACAUAAUCAUACCAAUCGUAUUUAUAUUUAUAUUUCAUUCAGUCAUGUCUGCACACAUCCGAUCAUUCUUACAUUUUAACUGGAGCGAGCUUUUUAAUACGCGCGUACACUGUACGGAAAUCGAAAUAAUAUAUAAUAUAUAUAUUUAUAUAUAUAUAAUAUAGCAUUAAAUUACAUCUCAAUUAUCUUUCAAUUGUAUAUAAAAACACUUGACAAACAAAAACGGAACAACUUAGAGUCUUUUUCUGGAGCUGUGCCAUGGGAGGGACACGGGGCAAGAUGACUCUAUAAUACAUAUAUGCCAUACAGCAUAUAAUUCCAUGCAUAUAAUUACGUUCACAUAACGUAUUUUGAUAGCACAUAAUGAGCACUUUGACUUCUUUUUGGACACUUAAUGUUUAUGAUGUAACCUUUCACUGAUGAAUUUCAUGGAACACGAUCGAAUGAUCGAAGAUUAGAUUAAAAAGUUUAGGCUAUGAAAAUGAGGCCAUAUUUCAAAUAUAAAA